GUUGCGUGACUCUUUCAUCCGACGUGACAGCAAGACAAACAAAAUAAGGUGAAAUAAACUAAGUCUAGCACAUUAUCUUCAUGUUGUAUAUACAUAAAGAAGAGACUGACACAAUCCUGGCUGGCUUUAAAAGAAACUGAAACAUUCUCAGUGAGGAGACAUGGAUGCUUCAACCAAAUUCAAGAGCGGCAGUAUCAUCUUCUUCCUCCUAACAGGAAGCUUCUUUGCCCUGGUUUUCUCAGAGGUCCACGUCAGCGUCAAGAACCGGCUGGGGAGCGGCAAGAACAUGACCCUUCAUUGCCAAUCCAAAGACAAUGAUCUGGGCCAGCAGACUGUUGCAGAUGGAGGUGAAUUCGGGUGGGAUUUUGAUGUGAACGUGUGGGGUACGACUCUGUUUUACUGUGACAUGGGAUGGGCAAAUUUGCAGGAAUACCAUUUCGAUGCGUAUUCUUUUGCUAGAGACUCGGUUCGCUGCGAUACGCAGUGCUUGUGGCUUGUCUCUGAGGAGGGCAUGUAUGGUUUGAAUGGGCAAACUGGGUUCUGGGAAUACAUUUACCAGUGGCCAAGUUGACUAGAAUUGGCAAAAAAGAAAUUGCAAAUGAGAUGUGGAUCAGAAGCUUCUUCAUGCAAAGUGUCAAUUAGGGUGGCCAAAAAUGUCUUGAUCUGCAAGUGAGAGGAGUGAUUCCCAGAUUGAAUUUGAUCCUUCUAUUUUAUCCAAAUAAAUUGAUUUUAUCUAGAACUCAGUUUGGAUAUUUCAUUUCACACAUGAAUGUCCGAAUGCUCUCCCAACAUCAUAUGUAAUGCUUUAUCUUCCCUUGAAAGAACAUCGCCAUAAGAAUCACCAAAACUUUGUAUUCAGAAUAUGACAAGUUCGGCAAAACCAUCAUGUUAUUUUUCAAUCCAUCGGCCGAGCUAUUACACUGUGAUCUCACAGAAAGGUGAGCUGUCCACAUUCACAGACCACAGCAAAAGACUUCAGUUAAAUAUGCUUCAUUCUGUUUGACACAAGGUACGGAAAUCAUUGCCAUAUCUCAUUUGCAUUGAGCUGAAAAAGGAGCAAAUCCGCUAAAUAAACUGAUGCAUUCGUGUUUGAAUCAAGAGUUCUCUUGACAAAGAAAAGACGAUCGGAAUGAACAAAGCUAGCAAUCAGAAUUCAAAAUUGAAGACCAUGUUCACGGGCUGCUUCGGCGAGAGCUUCCACACGUCCAUGGUAGGGAUAUCCACCCCGGUCGAAGGCUACCUUCAUGAUUCCUUUCUCCAAGCAAGACUUCGCAAUGAUUUCACCCACUCUCUUUGCCACUUCCUGAUGCCAACAAGUUACAAGGAUGAGAGUUUCUUCAGCAAAGCACACAAAGAAAAGCAGUUCAAAAUGUUUUCAUAGAGGAUCUACAUUCUGAAAAGAAAUAUAUCCCAAGCCGUGUCAGAAUUUCUUAAGUUUGAUUACAU